CGGCAGUGGACAUCCAGCCAAGCCCGUCUGAGAGACCGCCUUCAGGUUGACUGACGUGCGUGAGCAAGUGGGUGAGCUUCGGUGUUGUGCUGCUGUUGUGACCAGCGUUGUGACUCGCGAGAAAGCCUUCGUCGGCAGAUCUGUCACACUCUCUUUGUGACGCACACGCGCUUCCUGGUUACGUGUUACUACGGGCUAACGGUGAUCUCGAGCUCCAGCCGUGAUGAGCUACCCCUACCCGCCUGGUCAGUACUCCGUGCCCAUGGCGGCAAGCCCACCCGCCGGCUCUCGUGGGCCACCUUGGUUUGUCGGCGGACCACCCAGCCGCCCGCCGCCCGGCAUCAUCUACGCACCAUCGCCGCAGCCAGUCGCCACUGCACCCACGCGUGGCCCAAGCCUUCAGCAGCAGGGAGGCUCUGGAGCUACCCGGGCCUCGGGCUCACCGCAGCCCGCUGACGCCGCAGCAGCAAGGGUGAGGAAGUCCCGCACAAAGACUGCGAACCAACGGGGGUCUCGGUUGUGUUCUUUUCAUUCAGAGAGUCUACGUUCCGACCGCAGUGGAGGUACGCCUUUGAUCUCAGACAACGCCAGAUGCACCGUUGCUCAUGGCGUUGCCCUCUUUCUGCACAGAGACCAAGAUGUCCGGGAGAGGGACAGGCGCAUCCAAACACUGUAAUCGACAAAACGACGACUCUUGCCUGCCCACCCUUUCAUUCUUGCGGCAUUGUUGUCCCCUGAUGUGCAUUCAGGCGAGCAGAAAACCAAGCUCUCAGCCGCAACGUUGAGCGCCUCAACGACGAGGUGCAGCAGGAGAGGCAGAAGGCCGCAGAGCAGGAGAUUCGGUAUGUGAGAUCUACAGGCAUGCACAGCACAGGUGCAGGGCGCUUUUGUUAUUGCUUCUCUCUUUUUGUGUACAGGUAUAAGGCGUCCAUGACGCAGUACGGGACGUAUAUUGCUAACAUGCUCGGGCAGAGGUAACCAACGGAAUGCUGAUCGAACGCGAUUGAAUGUUGUUGUUUUGACUCCUGCUGCAGGGGGAUUGAGAGCAAGCAGAACGAGGACGACAAGGACAACACCGACAUCGGUAACGAAACGAGCAAACGAGCGGCACGUUUGCAUUUAUGUUUGCUGACGACAUGGCGGUCGUUCGCGGCUAGCAGAACAGCAACCCGCUGCUGCCGCCGCUGACAGCAUCGCAGAUAGGGUGCGGUUGAGGGGGAGGCCCAAUAACCUCCACGUGGUGCUUGCCAGGGAGAGGGGCGCGGUCGAGGCCGAGGGGCAAGAAAGGGGGAAGGGAAGGGAUUCGAAUCCCCCCUCUACGCAUCCUCGUGAUUCCCACUCAGGUAUGCAUCCUCGUGAUUCCCACUCAGGUAUGCAUCCUCGUGAUUCCCACUCAGGUAUGCAUCCUCGUGAUUCCCACUCGGAUGAGUCCAAGUGCCGAGGUGGUCCUGAGUCGUGUGCUUCCCGUCACACGCCCCAUACGCCAAAUCCGCAGCCAGCCCUGCCCCCUAGGCUGGGUCGUCCCCCCUCCCCGCCCCCUCUCCCUCCCGACGCACCUGCGAACGGCCCUACCACGAGGGCAUGGAGCGCAGACGACCCACUCCGUAUGCUCGAGGCGGCGUAUGGGGACUCGUUCGUGACGGACAUAUCGGAGAGGCCAGCCCUCGGCACAUGGGAGGAGCGCCACUAUCGCCUCGCCACCCGCGGGCUCACCCCACAUAGGUUCCUCGUGCCCGGCGGGUCGCAGGGCGAGGGGGUGGUCAAGCUCAUCACGCGAGAACUGAACGGCUUCAACGACCACGGCAGGUCCAUGUCGCCCUUCAUGUGA